AUGUGUGAUGCAAUCGACGGAGCUGAAGUGCGACUUGCUUGGACAUGCUGGUGGCUGGUUACUUCUAUGCACUUGAUAAGAGGUACUAGAAGAUGGACAAUACACCUGCGUCGGUUGUAUUUCAUGACAACUCACGCGGGUAGCAGCGUGAGACGCAACCAUGCGCCUUGGGCUUUUAAUGAUACCGUGUAUAUGACAAGCCCCGCUUGCGGCAUAGGGUUGAACAAGGCGGCUUCCGGCAAGCAGUGGCUGGCGCAUGGGAAACUGGUGUACUUUUUCCAGGACGGCGGCGGAGCUGGACGACGUGGGGUCGCGCCCAACAUGAAGAUGGCGGAAACGGUGCAGAAUGUCGCCGGUUCAAUCUAUCAACCGAACAGGCUAAGGACACUGUUUGCUAGUAGCAGAGUGUAUUUGGAGAAUGCAUUGGCACAUCAUUAUGAAUCCGGGUCGGCUGCAGCACCAGCAAAGCAGGCAAGCACUCAGCCAGUCGGCGCAGUCCGUCGACCCCUAAAAAUAGAUGGAUGGCUAUGCGCAAACUGGAGAGAUGAUAUGACGGUACGUCACCCUCGACAUCUUUCGGCUUGGCUGCCCACAUUUUGGCUGCACUGCGGUGCAAUAUUUAAUAACCUGCUCCCUAUCUAUUCCCGCUUCUCAUACAAGCUCGCGAAACGGGCCGCUUCAAGAUCCUCCUUGCCUGCUCGCGGCUGCUCCUCUUGCGUCUUACGACUUCUCAAAGCUGAUCCCGAUGCAAACACGGCUGCCGCUGAUCCUUUAACCCCGGCUCGACCUUCACUGGAAAAAGCGACUGAGACAACUUACUUGCAUCGCUUCCUUUCUCGUCGUUUUCUAACUACCUUGCUUGCCUGCCCGCUGGCUUAUUCUCUCGUUCACCCUUGCCAACGAAUAGUCGAUACCAACCCCUCCAAAGCCCAAAUGCCACCCAAACUCGGCGCCACCUUUGUCCCCGGCGGCUUCGAUGACUACUACAUGCCCGAAGUCGUGGCACCCUCACCUCAAAGGGUCACCCCUCAGGUGCCACAGGCCAUGCAAGAUGACAUCCAGCGAAUGGAGCUAGAAGCUGUAGAAAUCCCAUCGCGACGAGAAAGCGACGAUACAUUGCACCAAACCGGCGAGCCCUCGACAUCUUCACAGACAGCUCACGCCACCCCCGCCAUAGUCCAGGACCAAAGCAAAAGAGCCAGCGUUUCUGCACAACAGUACGCUAGCGCCUACCACAAAGACGAUUCGAUUUCCGACCGUUUAGACUCUAUAUCACUGGACGGUGCGCCGUCCUUUUCUCCAUUCCCCAAAGUUGUGGGCGACAAUAUUCCUCCCGGAGAUGAUACCAAAGAAGAGAUUCUUUGGAACUCGCGCAAGCAUGUUCUCCACUCGCAGAAUGUCGCCAUGCAAAUAAGCUGGGCCAGAGAUGUUCUCAACUGGGUCGAAAUCUCUGUCGACGCGGCCGUCCGUGAAAAUGCCGGAGUCCCUCGGCCUUCAACCCCUCGCACCGAGCACGAGCUCCGUGUCGACGCCAUCAACGUUGUCACCUACUUGGCCGAACAAGAGCACCCCGACGCUUUAUACAUGCGCUCCAAGUGGCUGGAAUUCGGAAAAUUCGGAAACAGAACAGACAAGCGAGAAGCCUACAACGGCUACACCCGCGCCUCUGGCCUCGGACAUGCGAGAUCCGAUUACCGCAUCGGCAUGCUCUAUGAGCAAUCCAACGACAUAUCUAAAGCCAAAGAGCACUAUUACAAGGGCAUGAGUCUCAAGGAUUCUGCGGCUCUCUACAGAAUGGGGAUGAUGAGUCUUCUAGGCCAACAUGGAGAAUCCAAGGACUACGCUGGAGGGCUCGAGCGCAUCCGUCUGGCAGCUGAGAGUUCGGACGAAGAUGCCCCCCAAGGCGCCUACGUUUAUGGCAUGAUUACCGGCCGCGAUCUACCAGAUAUUGCGCUUCCCGAAGGCUUACUUCCGUCCAACCUGGAAACCGCUAGGAUGUACAUUGAAAAGGCUGCAUACCAAGGAUUUGCGAAAGCACAGCUGAAAAUGGGCCAGGCCUUUGAGCUCUGCCAGCUUGGCUGCGAAUUUAAGCCUGCCUACUCGCUGCAUUAUUAUGGCCUUGCUGCCAAACAAGGUAUUCCAGAGGCGGCGCUUGGCGUUAGCCGUUGGUUCCUUUUUGGCUACGAGGGAGUCUUCAAAAAGAAUGAGGAGCUCGCGUACAAAUAUGCUCGAGAGGCGGCUGCCGCCAAGCUACCAACUGGAGAGUUUGCCAUGGGCUAUUACUAUGAGAUUGGUAUCCAUGUCAACAAGAGCCUUUCCGAGGCCAAGAAAUGGUAUGAGCUUGCUGCCGAGCACGGAAACACCGAUGCUCUCGGCAGACUGGAAUCACUGGAUCAGGAUAUCACCCUGUCAAAGAAGGACCACGAAACGACAACGCUCACUAGAAUCAAGUCUCAGCACGGCUCCAUGCGGGGAAAACGACCGGAGCGUUUUGCUCAAGCCCAGAAACAACACUUGCCCACCCUGAACGAAAGUGAAGGUAGCGGCAAGCCGUCCAACGGCGUUUCUCCCAUGCCAUCCCCUGGUGUCAAGCCUACCAUUGUGUCCGAGCACGCCGACCUGCCUGACGCGUCACGAGCUUCUGUCGUGGGCGGCCUCAACACCAUUCCUGCCUUUAACAUACGCUUGGAUUCGCAGCCCGACCGACCUCAGUCUGCGGCGCCAUAUCCCGUGGACGACCACCCGGCUCCUCUAAACCUAAACCGACCCAAAUCCACCGCACCUUAUCCUGACGACGAGCCCACCGGAAAGUAUAUCCAGCAUUCCCAAGGGCUCGGCCCUCAAGCGGACCGACCAAUGAGCGCAUUCGGUAUCCGUACCUCGAGCGGCGGCGCUGCACCAAUCCACCAACAAGCUAGCAACCUGCACCCCAGCGGACCGGCCAAUGCUGGGCGUGGACAGCCCGCACUAGGCCCUGGCGGCUAUCGACCAUCACCUGCUGGCACUCAUCCUGGUGAGAUGAACUACCAGCGACCUUCCACAACACAACCUUACCCCAGCGAUACAUCGCCCCCAAACAAGCCGCAACAGAGACCGCCUCGACAAUCAUACGGGGGCAUUCCUCCCGCCGGCUCGCAGCACGGGUACGACUAUAGCCCCCGGGUCAGCUCGCGGCCCCAGCACGACGCGCCACCUCCACCACCGCAACACAUGAGCCAGCAGACAUACCCACCACGCGUUCCCCUCGCUGCCGUUGGCAGUACCGGAAGACCAGACAGGUACGGUUCUCUGCCACCUCAAGAUCCCAGACAAUCGAGGACACCCACAGGGAUGGGCACACCAGACCCAUCGCGCCACGGUCUUCCGCCAAGUCCUGCACCCGGUGUCUCAUUGCACGGUAGAGUAGCAACGGCGCCACCGGGAGGAUCCCGGCCGCCGCCGCCGAAGGUUGAAACGCCUGCUUCCGGAACGCCGAAGCCGAACAAGGGCCCCGCCACUUUUGAAGACAUGGGUAUCCCUCAGGGUAAAAAUGACGGUGAUUGCGUUGUCAUGUAA